AUGUACUAACAUUCCCCUCCAUAAAUCCAGCUCAACAACUACAUCCUCAAUUGGAAGUCCAUUGUUCUCCUAAGACCACUCUAUGAUGACUCUCCGACGCUCCGCUCGUCUGAGCGCCGUGUCUAACCCCCCCAUCCCAGUCCUGCAACCAGCUAUCCAAACAAAGCGAGCGAACAGGACCGCAAGCACCAACGGGGUCUCCAAAGCACGAAAGCCUGCAGCAAGGGGUAAAAAAGCGCUGAACCUAAAUCCGAAUCCCAAUUUAGAACCCAAUCUCCUCACAGACACCACCAAGACACCACCACCAAGCUCAAGGAGCACUAACAUCUGGGACCCCUCUCCCACUGAUCAUAGCAUUAGCAGACGACAUUCCACCCCUCCCCCGCUUGACCGACCAGUCGAACCGCACCGGACAAAUGCAACGCUCCUCACCCCCCAUGGCUCAUCGCUGGUUGCAUACCCGCCCGGCACGGAGGACGCAUCACCCAGCAAGACAGGCCGACCCCGUCCAACAGCCACAACCGGCACAUUGCUCGAACAAGCCAUUGCGCACCUGAUCGCCACCGACCCGCGACUCGACCCCGUCAUCAAACAACAUCCCUGUCCGCUGUUCACCCCCGAGGGUCUAGCCGAGGAAAUCGAUCCGUUUCGAAGCCUCGUCAGCAGUAUCAUCGGACAACAGGUAUCCGGCGCAGCAGCCAAAUCAAUACGGGAUAAAUUCGUGGCGCUAUUUCAUACCAACAGCGAUGAUGAAGCGAGACAGAAGUUCCCUACACCGGAAGAAAUCAUCAAAAUGGACCUCCCUACGCUCCGAACAGCUGGUCUGUCCCAGCGAAAAGCAGAAUACAUACACGGGCUAUCUGAAAAAUUCGCGAGUGGUGAAUUGAGUGCCCGAAUGCUGUUAAAUGCUAGCGACGAGGAGCUCGUCGAGAAAUUAACCGCCGUACGAGGCUUAGGCAAAUGGUCCGUGGAGAUGUUUGCCUGUUUUGCCUUGAAGCGUAUAGAUGUGUUUUCGACGGGUGAUUUGGGGGUACAGAGAGGUUGCGCAGUAUUCGUGGGCAAGGACGUAAGCAAAUUGAAGGGCAAGGGCGGCGGUAAGUUCAAGUAUAUGCCUGAGAAAGAUAUGCUAGAGCUGGCUGCGAAGUUUGCGCCGUAUAGGAGCUUGUUCAUGUGGUAUAUGUGGCGAGUGACGGAUGUUAAUAUUGCUGUGAUGACUGCUUGAAGGGUGUAGACUGGAUGUUCAGGUAGAUCAUUGGACUUUUGGAUAGUAUGUAGACUCUGCGAUGACAGGGAUAUCUUGAUUUUUCCACUGGG